CGUUUGUCAAACCGGAAGUACCCUUUGGAUCGUCGAAAAUUGCUGGAGUGAGACAUCUUUCCGAUGUUUGCUGAUAAACUAUCUGUGCUAUAGAGCUGUAAACAGCAACUAUUACGCCUCUUUUAGCCAUUUCUUAAACGUAACACGGCUAAGUGUGAAGGGAAAAUGGAAGACGACGUCCUUACCACUCUAAAAAUUUUAAUAAUCGGUGAAAGCGGCGUUGGGAAGUCCAGCCUCCUGUUAAGAUUUACAGAAGAUACGUUUGAUCCAGAACAAUCUGCUACAAUAGGUGUCGACUUUAAAGUAAAGACCAUUUCUGUGGAUGGAAACAGGGCAAAGCUGGCAAUAUGGGACACUGCAGGACAGGAGCGUUUUCGAACCCUGACGCCUAGUUAUUACCGCGGAGCUCAGGGGGUCAUUCUGGUGUACGACGUCACAAGAAGAGAAACUUUCACCAAGCUGGACAACUGGCUGAACGAGCUGGAGACGUACUGCACGAGGAACGACCUCGUCAAGAUGCUGGUGGGGAACAAAAUCGAUAAGGAGAACCAUGAGGUGGACAGAGCUGAAGGGCUGAAAUUUGCAAGAAAACAUUCCACACUUUUCAUAGAGGCGAGUGCGAAGACAAAGGACGGCGUUCAGUGUGCGUUUGAGGAGCUGGUGGAGAAGGUCAUCCAGACGCCCGGCUUGUGGCAAAGCGAGAACCACGGGCGAGCCGUGCAGCUCACAGAUGAAGACGCUGGAGGCGGAGCCUGCGGAGGUUACUGCUCCUUGGUUUAAUCUCCCGACAACGAACACGCCGAAGAACAAAGGAUCCAUCCGUACGCCGCGUCCCGUCCUGAGCGGAUCCGUCUGCUCAGGCGUGAAGGCGGGGCAGGGCGGGUCAUCAGCUCGCCCUCUGCCUCCACCCAAAGACAGUUUUGCACACUUUCUUCUUACAACGCUGCACUAAAACGCAGCUCCGCCUUCCUGGUAAUGAGAGUCUUUUUCUGUUCAGUUUGAAAACCUUCAUCAGAAACGUUUAGAUAAGUGAGUCAAGAAGGUUUGGAACAGUCUGACCUCGGUUUCUUUAAGUCUCCAGCACGUUCUUGGAGCGCUUUGCCUUAGUUCGUUUCUUUUUUUUUUUCUCCCGCGCUGCAUCAAACUCUCUGUUCUGCUUCUUUUCCAUCCAUCCCAGCCGGCUCUUCUGAUUGGCUGGACACACUUGAUCCAGGUAAUCAGAAAGUAGGGAAGCAAUAUCCGGAAAAAAGCAGGACUAGAUGAGAACCCUCCCAGGUCUAAAAGUUCUGCAGGAUCUCGUCACUCCGUCCUCCUUGAAGGCAUCAUGUCUCAGAUUUCACGCCUCUUUCUUUCAUAGAGUCAAAUCUCUGUUUCUCUUUCACGUCUUUGUGUCGCAGACAGGAGAAGUGGAGAGGUCCAUCACUGAUGAUCCAUGUUUGUGCUGUUUGAGAGCUGUGGUGCAUUGUGGGAAAUGAAGUUUCUCUGACUAAAACAGACUAGAUUAGGUUUGUUUUUAAACUUUUUUUUAAUUGCAUGGGAGCUCUUUGUGCCAAUUUUUGUUUUUGUCAAAGAAGAUAUUUACAAACCCAUUUAACUUAUAGUUUAAGAUUAACGGUGCAUACGUUUGAAUUUAUUGGGAUAAUACAGCAACGUGGAAGAUGUAAACCUUGUAAAUUCUGUAUUUUAGUAUUCUGUAUGAACUGUAAUUUUGAAUGUUUCACUACAAACCGCCCAUUGUAUUAAACAACAAAGGACUCUUUUGUUAAGCUGCUGUUUUGGUGUGAAUCCAAACUCUAAAGCUGCUAGGAUGUGACACAAUAAACCACAGCCAACACAAAGUAAAGUGUGACCUGCAUGAACACUG